GGCUCGAUGCGAUUUCAGUUGACAGGAGAAGCGCAUUCAUUGGUGACUCGAGUAACUGUUGUAAACACAGCGACGUAAACAUUUUCUAGAUCGACCUAAAUAACAAAAUGAAAUACUGACAAUGCAUUUAUAUGUGUUAACGGUGCUUUUUCUGCUUGACAAUCGAUGUAGAGAUUUUUGUCAAACGACAUAAUGGAGCUGAACGGCUUUAACUGUGACGGCGAGGGAUGUGCCGAGGAGCAAGAGGAAGAAUCGGCAGCGCUCAAGCUGCCUCGAUCAAAGACGGAGACGUCAUGUAGCAUAAUUGCUACACCGGGAGCAGACAGUGGAGCGGCCGGUGGCAGUGCACCCAUAGAGCAGCGGAUGUCAAAAUCGACGCCGGCGAUGCUGAGGCUCGAUUCGCUGAAAAAGAACAGGCCGCCUUUCCCGUGGUUUGGCAUGGACAUUGGUGGCACAUUGGUGAAGCUGGUCUACUUUGAGCCCAAAGACAUUACAGCAGAAGAAGAGCAGGAGGAGGUGGAGAGUCUGAAAAGCAUCCGUCACUACCUCACCUCACACACCGCCUACGGCAAAACAGGUAUUCGAGAUGUCCACCUGGAGCUGACUGACCUAUCCCUUUGGGGUCGCAAGGGCAGCCUGCACUUCAUUCGCUUUCCUACGCACGAGCUGCCUACCUUCCUGCAGAUGGGCCGAGACAAGCACUUCUCCAGUCUGCACACCACCCUCUGUGCCACUGGAGGUGGUGCAUUUAAAUACGAGAAUAACUUCAGUACAAUAGCCAAUCUGCAGCUGUUGAAGCUAGAUGAGCUGGACUGUCUGAUAAAGGGAGUUCUGUAUAUUGACUCGGUGGUCUCAAGUGGUCUAUCCGAAUGUUACUAUUUUGAGAACCCAACAGAACCUGACUGUUGCGAGCAGAGGGCAUACAACCUGGAGAACCCCUAUCCUUUGCUGCUUGUCAACAUUGGCUCAGGUGUCAGCAUACUGGCUGUAUACUCCAAAGACAACUACAAGCGUGUCACUGGAACCAGUCUUGGUGGUGGUACAUUUCUAGGGCUGUGUUGCCUGUUGACUGGAUGCUCCACCUUUGAGGAGGCAUUGGCAAUGGCCACUGAAGGGGAAAGUACACGUGUAGAUAAACUAGUCAGGGACAUCUACGGUGGUGACUAUGAGCGAUUUGGCUUGCCAGGAUGGGCUGUUGCCUCCAGCUUUGGGAACAUGAUGUGUAAGGAGAAGAGAGACUCGGUCUCAAAGGAGGAUCUGGCUAGAGCAACACUUGUCACCAUCACAAACAACAUUGGCUCAAUCACGCGCAUGUGUGCACUUAACGAGAACAUUGAAAGAGUGGUGUUUGUUGGGAACUUUCUGCGAGUGAACACGUUAUCCAUGAAGUUGCUUGCUUAUGCUUUGGACUACUGGAGCAAAGGACAACUCAAAGCCCUUUUCCUUCGACAUGAGGGAUAUUUUGGUGCGGUUGGUGCACUUUUGGAAUUAACAAAUCCAUCCUGAUCUACUAAUCAAUCUUAGUUCAUGUCUUUUACCAAAAGACAUAUAUAUGCAAACAGACCAAAGUUGCCUUCAAAUAUCAGACCAUGCCCUCAACUAUAAAGACAAAGCCCUGUCAUCUACCACAUACCAAAUAUAUUAUAGUCACUAUAAUAAUAUUAUACAUUCAGGUCAAAAAAUCAGGAUAAACCACAUGGCAAUACUAGUUUUAGGAAUUGCUGCAAGCUUUAAAAAUGUUAAACCCUUUAAACUUUUUCAACGUCUUAUAUUAUGGUAUGUCAAAAUCAACAGCUGAUAUGAGAAUAAAGCAGUACGAUCCGGUCUAUAGCUUACACUCACAACACUUUUUACAUACUGAAAUGUGUCAGCUAUCAUCUUAUACCGUUAAUGGUUAUGGAUUGAUUUUGCAUCAAACAGCCGUUUACUCAAAAACAUGCAGAUAUUAAUCAA